AUGAGAAACAGCGCUGUUCCCACAGUGGUAGCUGACACCAGCAGCGAAGAGAAGAUCUUCGAAUCCUUAAGUGCGGUUGUUGUCCACCGUGCAUUAUAUGAUUGUCCCGAGUGGGGCCCUCGGCAUAAACUCGAAUGUUUAGAUGGCACCUGCACAAAAAUUAUGGAAGAAAUCGAGACAGCUCUGCAGGCAGAAAACAGUACGCUGAUUUGGCUCUCUGGCUCUCCUGGGACAGGGAAAUCUGCGAUUGCCCAUACAAUCGCUAGUCGCCUCAAAAACACGUCGAAAUUGGCUGGCACGUUUUUCUUCAGCCGCCAACAUAAAGAUAUGCCAGGCAUGGCCAGCCUUGAUUUCUUUGCGCCUACCUUGGCUUACCAAAUUUCGAAAAGUAAACACUUGGCAAAAGAUGCUGUGAUCCAAUCAAUCAGAUCCGACCCUAUUAUCCUCGAUCCAAGGAGGUCGUUUACUGAACAAAUCCAAGGACUACUAGUCAAGCCGUUGCAGAAUUUGCAGGUUUCAUGGGGGCAUUUGGAACCAAAGGCGCUUGUAAUCGAUGCGAUUGACGCAUGCGAAGAAGGACGCAUCUGCGAGCUCAUUUCGUGUCUUUCAAACCUCCUCCACCAGCCUCACAUCCCACACUUGCACAUCGUUAUCACUAGUCGUCCUCUUCACGCUAUUGAUGAUGCAUUCGAAGUUAUUGGCUGCGAGGAGUCGAUACAUCACAUUGCUCUCGAUGAUGUCGAUGUUACUGAAGACCUUCGUCUUCUCUUCAAGCGCGCUCUGGAGAGGAGUUAUAGGCAUCACGGACUCGAAUACCCCGGAUUAGAGUCCGAUGAUCAGACCAUCCCCUGUCUCGCUGACAGGGCAAGCGGUCGGUUCAGGGCUGCGUCAAUGAUGAUAAGAUUCCUCGAGACCGAUGAUGACGACGAAGUGCCGUGCAAUUUGGAUGAAAAAAUCGACCUUAUGAAGGAUCCUGGCGAUGCAUAUCUGGAUUCCACCCAAAUAUUUCGGUUCUACGAGUUCGUCAUCAACCUGUCAGAAAAUCCAACCCGUGCAUACCGGCAUCUGUCCACGGUGGUCAAUCUCGCCAAACCAUUAGCAAUCCUGCACUUGCGGAAGCUUCUGGGAUCUUCAGAAAGUGAUCUAUCGUCCGUUCUCGCGUCGUUAUCCCCAAUAGUCAGCGUCCCUGUUGAUGAUUCUCGCCCUGUCGAGGUUCUCCACAUAGAGUCACUUCGCGAGUUUCUUUCCCGACAUCCAUCUUCGUCGUGUGCAUCUCAGCUCCUUGCACAGUCCAGUCUGCGUACGAUGAGAAGUUCAUUCCUGCGCCAGUCCGGCCUCAAAGAUAAGCUACAACAAAUGGUGACACUGACGAAGAUACCUAUUGAAGCAGGUCCACAAUUUUUAAUGGUUUUCCUUAAGUGUUGUUUGGCACAGCCAUGCAGCAAGACCAUAUAUGCGGCUACAUGGUACCAUGAAUAUGCGCAAGGAACUGGCACUCCUUGCUGCGCUCCGCCCAGCGUCCAGCCCUGUAAUAUGUCUGAGGACAUAUCAAAAGCUCGGUCGGCAUUGGAGGAUUUCCAAGCGAAACCUGAAUUUCGCGACUUACACGUGUUCGAACUCCUGUCAACAUUACAAACUCUACCAGAAAUGUUGAUCAUCGUGAUACUCUUGGCAAUUCGUCACGCUCACCCCGCCUCCCAUGUUAUCGAUUUGAUAGAUGGGUCCGACAAUGAGCCGAUUAUGCCUUUGGCGCUCAAGCACUUUGUACAAUACGUACGGGAGAGAAGCGAGCGAAUUUUCUCUAGUUCACCAGCCCUCAAGCAUGCUUGCCGGCAUUGGGGUUGGUAUCUCUCUCAAAAUUCGAUGGCCAUGAAUGAAGGUCUGCGCACAUAUCUGCGUGCCUUUUGGCGGGAUAAGCUACUGUCGUGGUUUGAAAGGCAGUGGUAUUUGGAGGGUUUAGAAUCAUGCAUAACCAUACUGAAUCUCGCACAGACCAUUGAUUUUAAAUGUGAAUAAUUCUUUUUAUAAUCCGUGUACAACGAUUAUCACUUCUAGUACAAGUACAAAAUGAUCUAAAAGUCGAUGUUAGGAAAU